UUUAAAAAAUGAAGUUUCGUUCACACGCUCAGCUCUAUUAUCAUAUUUAUGAGCACCAAUCAAUCUGAAAAUUUUGUCGGACUGAAGCGACAUUGGAGUCGGAGAAAAGCAUAAACCGAAAAACUGUCGGUAGCCUUGCUUGUCCAUGACGCUUCUGGGCUCUGGCCUUGCCCCUGCAUUUCACUCGUCCUUCUCUCUCUUCUACUUCUUCAUCUGCUACAGUUCCUUCUCGUCCAGGUCAUGACAGUUGUUUUCUCCAUGUAAGCUCUAAUCGUACUAAAGCUACGCUGCAACUAGUUUGAGUGUCUGACCCCCUAUUUCUUUGACUCGAUAUUCGUUGAGAAGGCUGCUAGAAUAUGGAGUCCUGCGAUUGCGUUGAGCCACAGUACUGGCCCCUAGAUGAACUUCUCAAGAAAUGUCAGUACAUGUCGGAUAUUCUGAUAGCGCUUGCGUAUUUCUCCAUUCCUUUGGAGCUGAUAUAUUUUGUUCAGAAGUCUGCAUUCUUCCCAUAUAGAUGGGUUCUUAUCCAGUUCGGUGCUUUCAUUGUUCUUUGCGGAGCAUCUCACUUCGCAAGCCUGUGGACAUUCUUCAUGCACUCGAAAGGUAUUGCUGUCGUGAUGGCGAUAGCUAAAGCCUUGUGUGCUAUCAUAUCCUGCGCUACUGCACUAAUGCUUGUUCACAUCAUCCCUGAUCUGAUGAGCGUCAAAACUCGUGAACGUUUUCUCAAGAACAAGGCCGAAGAGCUUGACAGAGAAAUGGGGCUUAUUCUUACUCAAGAAGAAACUGGGAGGCAUGUCAGAAUGUUGACUCAUGAGAUUAGAAGCACACUUGAUAGGCAAACCAUUCUCAAGACUACUCUUGUUGAGCUGGGUAGAACUUUGGGCUUGGAGGACUGUGCACUGUGGAUGCCUUCAAGAUGUGGUCUACAUCUUCAACUUUCACACACAUUAAGCGGUGCACAAGUUAGCUCCUGCGUCCCAACAAACCUUCCUGCUGUUAAUCAAGUUUUUAAUAGUCCUCAAGCAAUGAGAAUUCCACAUACCUGUCCCCUGAUCACUAUUAAACCUCUUGUUGAAAGACACAUGCCACCUGAGGUGGUUGCUGUGAGAGUGCCUCUCUUGCAUCUCUCAGAUUUUCCAAUUAAUAAUUGGCCAGAUCUUUCUGCAAAGAGAUAUGCAAUCAUGGUUCUGAUCCUCCCUGCUGACAGUGGUAGGAAAUGGCGAGAUUAUGAAUUGGAACUUGUUGAUGUAGUGGCAGACCAGGUGGCGGUAGCUCUUUCACAUGCUGCUAUAUUGGAGGAGUCAAUGAAGGCCCGGGAUCAACUGAUGGAACAGAAUGUUCAUUUAGAUUUGGCACGACGAGAAGCAGAGGUGGCGGUCCAUGCUCGCAGUGAUUUCCUUGCUGUCAUGAAUCAUGAGAUGAGGACACCAGCGCACGCUAUUAUGGCAUUGUCCUCACUUCUCUUGGAGACUGAACUGACUCCAGAGCAGAGGAUCGUGAUAGAGGCAACAUUGAAGAAUAGCAACGUGUUGGCAGCACUUAUUAGCGAUGUUAUAGAUCUUUCUAGACUAGAAGAUGGCAGCCUUCAAUUAGAAUUGGGAAAAUUCAACCUUCACAGGGUUCUGGCGGAGGUUCUUGACUUGAUAAAACCUAUAGCAUCUGUGAAGAAGCUACUUGUGACUUUAACUCUGGACCCCGAUCUGCCUAUCUUUGCCAUUGGAGAUGAGAAACGUCUAACGCAAACUCUCUUAAACGUUGUGGGUAAUGCUGUGAAAUUCACUAGGGAGGGUUAUGUUUCUGUGAGAGCAUCUGUUGCAAAAGCAAAAGUUUUACAGGAUUGGCGACCUCCAGAAAUUUGUACAGCGUCGAGUGAUGGUCAUCACUGCAUUACAAUACAGGUUAAAGAUUCUGGAUGCGGCAUUGCCCCACAAGAUAUUGCUCAUAUUUUUACCAAAUUUGCUGAGUCUCAGAGAGGACCGGCUCGAACUAGCGGUGGUGCGGGGCUCGGACUAGCUAUUUGCAAAAGAUUCGUACAACUCAUGGAAGGUGACAUGUGGGUUGAGAGUGAAGGCAUAGGGAAAGGGACGACAAAUACAUUCACAGUGAAGCUAGGGAUUUGCGGGAAUCCGGAUGCAUCAGAACACCCCACCGGCUAUAAAACCUUUGUCAAACAUGAUGAGCUCCCUCUUCCCAAUCGACGCUAUCAAACAAAUCUUCAAAACGAAGGAUAGCAGCGUUGAAUCAGGAGACUUCUCCAAGAUUUUCUUCGCCAUAUUUGGCCAAAAUUGUCCCCAUCUGAUAGGACAUCUAGCAGCUUGCAUUGUAUUUACAGAUCAAGGUUACGAUAUCAUAUAUACCCAAUUAAAGGCUCCGA